CCCUCGUUCCCCGAGUCCCUCGACGCCGCCGCAGGAAUGCGAAACAAUGCACAGCUCCCACCGAACGACUCGCUCCAGCUCCAUUGCCCCUGACGUCUCCGGAUUGCAUCUCUGAAAGCGCCCGUCUGCCAUCGCUUGCGCGCCGUUUGCGAAACCUGACGCGACUUCCUCGCGUCGAACAACAAGCGCGUUCUCCAGCACCCGGCGUGUGCGCCUUCAUCUCCCACCGUUUGCCGCGGCCUCCAAAUUGAAGCCUACGGGUCGAGCCCGCCGAGUACCACGCGAUGCCUCCGAAAGGCCAGAUCAGGAAGAAUACGGCGCGGCCGUCGCGCCCCAUUGGCAGUUCCCAGAGAAGCGCACGCAAGCAGGACACAGCACGCAAGACUGGGACUCCGAGGAGGUCAUCUGGUGGCGCGCGCGUUGGCGACCCUGGCCCCGCGCCCAAGGGAAAGCGACGAUACAAGCCUGGAACCGUCGCGCUCAAGGAGAUCCGCAAGUACCAGAAGUCAACCGAGCUCCUUUUGUUGAAAGCGCCUUUUCAGCGAUUGGUCCGAGAAAUUUGCCAGAAUGUUACCACCGAAGACGGCCCCAACAGAUGGCAGAGUCAGGCAGUCGCGGCUCUGCAGGAAGCUACCGAAGCUUUCCUCGUCAGUCUCUUCCAUGACGCAAAUCUCUGCGCAAUCCACGCCAAACGCGUCACAAUCCAGCAGAAGGACAUACAGCUUGCAAGACGACUGCGCGCGGCAUGGGGUAUUCCUGUUUGAGAGGUGGGCUUGGUUGUUGCAUCUAUGCAAGUAUUGGGCAUAAAUUUUGGGCGGAUGGGAAAAGGAUACCGGGCAUUUUUGCAAGCGAUCAUUGGCUGCACUGCGACAACCAUUGAUGCAGUUCGGAGACUACAGAAAGCAGCUCUAUCGGCGUUCAGCGGCGCAAAGUUGGUGUCGAGGGCGACAUGUUGUUUUUUAUCGGGGCUGUUAUACCCAUCAGAAGCUUGAAUUCCUAUGCUGCGAAUCGACUAGUAAUCAAAGACAUUUCAAAUAUGAAGGCUGCGGAAGUCAUACGUCAACAGUCGCAAAACUUGAGUCUGCG